AUGUGGGCGUUAAGGUCGAGUCAUCAGCUGCAAGAGAUGCGAGAAUAUGAAACGACAACAGACGGAAGACCACCAAAGAUAUCAAAAGGUGUAAUCGUGUCACUUUGUCUGGCGAAUCGACUGCUCAUCAAGCGGGAAGAUUGGGUCGACGCAUGCCUGCUGGCUCGCAUUGGCGUACAGAAGCACAAAAUCAAAGACCAGGAUUCAUUCAAGAUUGCGCCUGUCAAGCUUCUGCGCCAGUUGGAGCCGCCAGUCCUGGGCCGAAGUCCAAGCCACCACGUUGCCAAUGCGAUGUGGUGGGAUGCGUUGGCAGUUGAGUUCGGCGAAUCGUCCGAGUCAGAAGCGGAAGCCAUCGAAGGAGAUGAUUACCUCCCAUUCCCAAAGCCGCUUUCCAGGGCAUCCUUUAAUACCCCAGGCUUCCAGUCCGCCGAGUUUCUGUCCUCUCUUUCCAAUAGACACCAAUCUCUUGCAGACUUGCAGAGUGAACUCCGAGAACUGAGCCAAUUGCUGAAUAAAGAGUUACUUGACCUAGUCAACGAAAACUAUCAAGACUUCCUGUCACUCGGGACUGCCCUACAAGGUGGAGAAGGAAAAGUCGAAGAAAUUAGAACCGUGCUGUUGGGUUUUCAGCGCGAUGUGCGGGCGGUAAAAGAAACAUUCGAAAACAAAACAGCGCAGAUUAAGGAGUUGCUGGAUACCAAAAGGCGCCUACAAACUGGCAUCUCUGUUGGUUAUGAUUUGUUAGAUAUUGCCGAGAGAGUUGACUUAUUGCAACGCAAGCUUAUGAUUUCUCAAAGCAACACGGAAGAUAGUGGACUUACCGAAUACCAGGAAGUGGAUGACGAGCUGACUGGAAGUGAAGAUGAAGAAAGUGACGUGGAUGAGCUCCAUGGACAACUUGGUAGGGACAACCUGCCCCUUGUUUCUUUACAGAGACUGGAACGGCAUAUUCAGCAAUAUGUUAGCUUAAAAAUUGCUAUUGGUCGUGUUGGAGAACACCCGUUUGUGGAAGGGCAAAAAAGCAGGAUUACAAGCAUCAGAAUGGCCUUAGUCUCGGAUCUCAACAAUGCGAGUAAACUAGCUGAAACAGCCACAAAAAAGGAAUAUCGGCUACUCAAGAUUUUACAUCUGUACAAGCUUUUAGAAGAACAGGCUCCAGAGAGCCUUACAUCAACGAAAUCAAAAAGUUAA